UCGACGUCACCUGUUUCACAGCAAUAUCCAGGAAGUGAGUCGCCGCUUGUUGUUAUUGUUCAAUUGAUAGCUAGCUAGCUGGCUAGUUAACGCAGAUUUUUUUUGUUGCUGUUCAUUUUCGUGGUCCGAAAAUGGCGACUUUUAUUUCUGUCCCGUUAAAGAAGUCGUCUGAAGUAGAUCUAGUUAAACCACUUUCAAAAUUCGUCACGGCGACAUACCCAGCGGCUGAGGAGCAAGCGGACUACAUCCGAUCCGUGGAGGAGUUGAACAAGCUGCGCAAGAGUGCUCUGGGGAGGCCGCUCGACAAACACGAAAGUUCACUGGAAAUCCUCCUGAGGUACUAUGACCAGCUGUGUGCUGUGGAGCCCAAGUUCCCCUUCUCUGAAAACCAGCUGUGUCUAACCUUCACAUGGAAAGAUGCCUUUGAUAAAGGCUCACUGUUCGGGGGCUCAGUCAAACUAGCCCUCGCCAGUCUGGGAUAUGAGAAGACGUGUGUGCUGUUCAACGGAGCAGCGUUGGCGAGUCAGAUCGCUUCAGAACAGAACCUGGACAGCGACGAAGGACUGAAGGCCGCAGCCAAAUACUACCAGUUGGCGAGUGGAGCAUUUGGUCACAUUAAGGACACAGUGCUGUCAGCUCUGAACAGAGAACCUACUAUGGACAUCUCUCCUGAGACUGUAGGAACCCUGAGUCUCAUCAUGCUGGCCCAGGCACAGGAGGUCUUCUUCCUCAAGGCGACGUCAGAUAAGAUGAAGGACGCCAUCAUCGCUAAACUGGCUAAUCAGACGGCAGAUUUCUACGGUGACGCCUUCAAGCAGUGCCAGUACAAAGAGAACCUGCCCAAGUAUUUCUAUUUCCAGGAGGUGCUGCCGGUGUUGGCAGCUAAACACUGCAUCAUGCAGGCCAACGCUGAACUGCACCAGUCUCUCCUCGCCAAGCAGAAGAAACGCUUUGGAGAGGAGAUCGCUCGCCUACAGCACGCCACAGAGCUGGUGAAGACUGUCUCGUCUCGCUAUGACGAGUACGUCAGUGUGAAGGAUCUGAGCGAUAAGAUCAGCCGCGCUCUGACGGCCGCCAAGAAGGACAACGACUUCAUCUACCACGACCGCGUCCCCGAGGUCAAAGAUCUGGAACAUAUCGGCAAGGCAGCGCUGGUCAAGGCGAGCACCAUCACACCUCCACUCAGCGCCAAGUUCACUGACUUGUUUGAGAAGAUGGUGCCCAUGGCUGUGCAGCAGAGUAUGAGUGUGUACAGCCAGAGGAAGGCUGAGACCGUCAACAGACUGGUGGGAACCAUGAGAGAAGCUACCAACCUCUGCAACGGUGUCCUGGCAUCUCUGAACCUGCCUGCGGCUCUGGAGGACCUGUCUGGAGAUUCUAUCCCACAAUCCAUUGUUGAGAAGGCCCGUGCCAUCGUCCAGCAGGGGGGGCUGCAGAGCAUAGAGCAGCUGAUCAGAGAUCUGCCUGAACUACUUACACGAAACCGAGAGAUACUGGAUGAGUCUCUGAAGAUGCUGGGUGAUGAGGAGUCGACAGACAGCGAGCUGAGAUCCAAGUUCAGCCAACGCUGGAACAGAACUCCCUCUGGAGACCUCUACAAACCACUCAGAGCAGAGGGGGGUAACUUCCGCAGUGUGCUGGACAAGGCAGUGCAGGCGGACCAGGUGGUCAGGGAGCGUUACAAUACACACUGUGAGAUGAUCGCUCUGCUCUGUAAACCAGAGGCUGAACUCACCGCUGCCAUACCAUCAGCCAAUCCUGUGAAGACACUGCAGGGCAGCGAGGUGGUGAGUGUGUUGCGUUCCCAGCUGGCCCAGCUAGAGGAAGUGAAGAAGGAGAGGGAGGGGUUGGAGGUGGAGAUUAAGGGCGUGGCCUUUGACAUGUCCUCCAGCUUCCUGACGGCUCUGGCUCAGGACGGGGCCAUCAAUGAGGAGGCACUGUCAAUGAGCCAGCUGGACCAAUCAUAUGGCAGCUACAGCCAGAGGGUUCAGGCCAGCCUCCGUUCUCAGGAAGAGCUGCUGGGCAAAGUGCAGGCGUCUCACCAGGAGUUCUCCAAGCUGAAGCAGUCCAACUCGGAGGCUAAUGAUCGUGAGGAGGUGUUGAAGAAGCUGGCCUCAGCCCACGACAGCUACGUAGAGAUCACCAGCAACCUCAGAGAGGGCACCAAGUUCUACAACGACCUCACAGAGAUCCUGCUGAAGUUCCAGAACAAGUGCAGUGACAUCAUCUUCGCGCGCAAGACAGAACGGGACGAACUGCUCAAGGACUUGCAGCAGAGCAUCGCCAGGGAGCCCAGCGCCCCGUCCUUUAAUGUCCCCGCCUACCAGACUAACCCCACUGCCGCUGACCCAACCCCUGCUCCCAGGACUGUCUUUCAGCCCCAGGUGAAGGCCCAGCCGCCCCAGCGGCCCCCUCCCCCUGUCUUCACCCCCCAGGCCGCCUCCGCACCUGGCAACCCUGCAGACAACCAGCCUCAACCAGGAAACCCCCCACCCAUGGCCCCUCCCUCACAGGCACAGGGACCGCCUUACCCCACCUACCAGGGAUACCCAGGGUAUGCCUACCAGAUGCCUAUGGGUUAUAACCCGUAUGCAGCGUACGGCCAAUACAACAUGCCCCCCGCUAUGCAGCCUAACAUGCAGCCCUACGUCCCCUAUCAGCAGGCCCCAGCACCCGGACAGGGGGGCUUCCCCGGGACCCCCCCCACACAGCAGCACCCCUACACCUACCAACAGCAGCCCCAGCACCCACCACAUCAACCAUACUACCCACAACAAUAACUACUGUGUAAACUCUAUCAUUCCCUCUCUUCCCCCUUUUCAUCCCUUCUACCCCCCCCCCCCCCUCUGCUAUCCAUCCUCCAACCGACAGCAGAAACCGUGAUACUAACCUCUGCAAUAAAUUCUCUCUCCCUCCUUCCCUCCCUACUCUACCCUUACUCUAUCCCACCACCCUUGUUUAUUUUGUUAUAUUUUUUUUUUUCAUAUAAUUUUUCUAAUUAUUGCGUUGAUUCUUUAUUUAAUUCCUAACUUCUCGUCCUGAUCUAACUGACUUCCUGCUAUGGGCUGGGCCUCUUUUAGAACACUAAAAAAAAAAAAAACACAACAUUUUGUCACAUCUACCGGACAUGUGCAGUGACGUGUUGUUUUAGAGGUCAUAGCAGUACGACCCCCCCUGGAGAGGUCAUAGCAGUACGACCCCUCCUGGAGAGGUCAUAGCAGUACGACCCCCCCCUGGAGAGGUCAUAGCAGUACGACACCCCCUGGAGAGGUCAUAGCAGUACGACACCCCCUGGAGAGGUCAUAGCAGUACGACCCCCCCUGGAGAGGUCAUAGCAGUACGACCCCCCCUGGAGAGGUCAUAGCAGUACGACCCCCCCUGGAGAGGUCAUAGCAGUACGACCCCCCCCCUGGAGCAAAUGAGAGUGAAGUGCCUUGUUCAAGGAUACAUCAACAGAUUUUUCACCGCUCGCUUUCACUUCCUGGCCCAACGCUCUGAGGAGCCUCACUGUAUUCUGGGAUGAGGGGGUGUAGUCUAUAGUUGUGAUUCCUUAUUUGGGAGCGGGUGGAUGGUCCCGUACAAUGUCACCGGUUGAGAGGACCGGAGGACCGAAGGUUGUGUCCAGGAGUGCAAAUGUACGACUUGAACAAAUGUUCCUUGUCUGUUUAUCAAACCGUUUUGCUACUGAAUAUUGACCCCAGCCCUGAUCACCGAGAUCAUUUCCUGGCGCUUCUAUUACAACUAUAUCUAUAUCCUAUUUUUCUAAUGAAUAAUACUGAUGUACUGAUCCAAUGAAAACGCCUGUAGGUUUUCUCAUGUCGUUGAGGACCGUUGGAGAUGCGUUCCCUCCUAUAAUCAGAGUACGACUGGAGAUUGUUUUUCUGGGAUAAAGAUUAUUAGAUGCAGAGCCUUCAGAAAGUAUUCACACCCCUUGACUUGUUCCUACUUUUGUUGUUACGGCCUGAAUUUAAAUUGGAUUAUAUUUCGAUUUCUUUUGGUCACUGGCCCCCUCGAAGUGGAAUCAUGUCUUUUUUUUUUUAAAUGCAUUGAAAUGCAAAUUAAUUAAAAAUGAAAAGUUGAAAUGUAUAUUGGGUCAGUAUGUAUUCAAACCUGUUGUUAUUUCAAGCUUAAAUAAGUGGCAUGGAAUCAAUCUGUGUGCAGUAAGUUUUUUUUAACAGUAUUUUUGAAUGACUACCUCAUCUCUACCCCAAACAGGUAAAAGUCCCUCAGCCGAGCAGUGAAUUUCAAACACUGAUUCAACCACAAAGACUAAGGAAGUUUUGCAAUGCUAUUGGUAGAUGGGUAAAAAGCAGACAUUGAACAUGGUGAAGUUAUUGAUUACACUUUGGAUGGUGUGUCAAUGAACCCCAGUCACUACAAAGAUACAGGUGUCCUUUCUAACUCAGUUGCUAGAGAGGAAGGAAACUGCUCAUGGAUUUCACCAUGAGGCCAAUGGUGAAUUCAAAGUUAUGUUUGGGGCAAAUCCAAUACAAAACAUUACUGAGUAGCACUAUCCAUAUUUUAAAGCAGAGGGGUGGCUGCAUCAUGUUAUGGGUAUGCAUGUAAUCAUUAAGGAAGUGGGGGUGUUUCAGGAUAAAUAAAUUAACAGAAUGGAUCUAAGCACCGGCAAAAUCCUAGAGAAAAACCUGGUUCAGUUUGCUUUCCACCAGACACUGGGAGGUGAAUUCACCUUUCAGUAGGACAAUAACCUAAAACACAAUAACACAUUUACACUGGAGUUGCUUACCAACAAGACAGUGCAUGUUCAUGAGUGGCCGAAUUACAGUUUUGACAUGAAUCUACAUGAAAACCUAUGGCAAGACCUGAAAAUGGUCUAUCAUUGCUCAAUAACCAAUUUGACAGAGCUUGAAUAAUUUUUAAAUUAAUAAUGGGCAAAUGUUGCCCAAUCCAAGUGUGGAAGUGCUUAGACUUACCCAGAAAGACUCACCUCUGUCGUCACCGCCGAAGGCGCUUAUACGAAGUAUUGACUCGGGUGUGAAUACGUACGUAAAUGAGAUUUUUCUGUAUUUCAUUUUCAAUAAAAUUUGCAAAAAUGUCUAAAAACAUGUUAUCACUUUGUCAUUAUGGGGUAUUGUGAUGUCAUUAUGAGAUAUUGUGAUGUCAUUAUGGGGUAUUGUGAUGUCAUUAUGAGAUAUUGUGAUGUCAUUAUGGGGUAUUGGGUGAGAGGAAAAAUCCAUGUGAUCCAUUUUGAAUUCAGACUGAUAAACAAAAUGUGGAAUAAGUCAAGGGCUGUGAAUACUUAGUGAAGACUGUAUAUUAUAUUAUAUAUAUAUAUAUAUAUAUAUAUAUAAGAAUGUAUGUGGUUAACCAAACAGACUGUUUUUGUUUCUCUCUGUGGUUCUAAUGUGAUUAAACACCUCUGGAUACCAUACCAGACACCUGUG